AUGGAUUCAUCAAGGUCUUCACUUUGCAACCAGGCGGCCCAGUUUUCCUUGGCCGCUCCCCCACCGCCACGGACACCAAGGAGUACCUCGCCACAAACGCCAAGUCAGAGCGUCGACCACUCGACGGCUUAUCGCAAAUUUCUGCUGGAGAAGCGUAAAAGUUUUCGGCAACGCGGGAGCUUGGGCCCCACCAUCGCGUCCGCCCCAUCGGUUGAGCACGAGGAAUACCGUACCCGGCCAUGCAACGACGAGGCUGGUAAAAAUGGGAAAAGCUUCGACUUUGGCGGCAACGUACAUCACUCGAGCUCUGCGUCAGAAAGCAACGCUUUUGUAAAGGUUGGUGUUUAUCCA